UAUGCGAGCGGAGUACGCUGUAUACGGGACAUUUGCAUGUGCAUUGUGGAUCGGAGUUUAGAAAACCUUUCUCAAUGUUCAUAGCGACUUCUUAGUUCUUACCAACCUUAUAAUUCACCUCGGUUAAAAGUUUUAAUUUGUCUGUGAGUUAUCUUCGAGGAACAUAACCAUAGUUGUUAUCGUGUGUUCGCUGGACGAGAGAUGAGUUAUGGAUUUGGAAUGGAACCGGGAUUUUUCGCCUGUGGAUCGGUGACGCCUGCGUGAAGAUAAAAAUAUUUGCAGCCUGCGUUCAUUUCCUCUCGCUUCCGCUUCAGGCAUAUCGGCCACAUGUGAUUAAUUGGCACAGUGGAUCUCGCCCACCUUCUGAACUUUUUGGGUGUUUCCUCAUCUUCGCGGCUGUGAUUUGUCACAAAUGGCGAAAGUUAUCCUGCAAUGCCGUCAGCAAUCGCAUCAGUUCACCGAUCGCGAAAUUCCCUUGGCUCAGCCUGUAAAAAUUGGUCGAGCCGUCGCCAACUGCAAACCCAAUGUGGACAAUGGAUUUUUUAAUUGUAAAGUGCUCAGCCGGAAUCACGCUCUCCUGUGGUACGAAGAUGGAAAGUUCUACCUUCAAGACACGCAGAGCUCAAAUGGGACGUUCGUAAACACUCAAAAACUCCCAGCUACCCCUGCUCCGCCCACAGACACGGCGAGUCAGAACACUUUGAAAACGGAAAUACCUGUGGAUACACGAAGAGAACUCUUCUCCGGAGAUCUUAUACAGUUCGGUGUGGAAGUCCAGGAACAAGCGAAGAAAGGCGUCCCGCCCGUAACGCAUGGGUGCAUCAUAGCCACCGCGAGACUGUUCCAUCCCGAUGGCGUAGAAGCGAAAACUACGACAUCGAAAUUUGCGAUGGCGCCCGGUGUCCAGUAUGAGGGAGUAAAGCGGGAAGACCAAGUCGAGGCGCCGAAAUUGACGGUGCAGGAAGUGUAUGAACUGCAGUCGAUUUUACAGGAAGCGCAUCAUCGAGAACAUGUACUGGAAUCCAAGCUUGUAGCACUCAAUAGAAUUCUCGUGGCCAUGGAACGAAAAGAUACCUGGUCUGCAAUGUUUCGAGAAGACUUGCUCCUGUCGAAAAUCCAGUUUCUCCAGACCCAGCUACAAGCCUGUGAAAUGCAGCUCAAAGGAAGAUCUAUCCCGAUGCACGUUCUUGCGGAACAAAAUUCUGUGAUGGGUGAAACAUUUUCUGCUCCAUCGUCGGAUGGCAGCCAAGAUGUCGCUGGCAGUGAUAAUGAACCCCGGAAAUCAUUCCUCCCUACAGUUUGUGAUAACAAUGCCGCGCUGGACGAGCCUAAAGAAGCGUUUACGAUUGAUUGGAAGAAAAUGCUCGAUGAAAGGUCGGAAUUCGAGGCAUCAACGAAGAAGACACUCCACAAUGCAUACACCGAAAAGCUGGAAGCCGUGAAAGCUUUAGCAGUUGCCGAAGAGAAACUGGCUCAUGCACAGAACGAAUGUGAUGAUCUGACAGCCAUUUGCGAAAGUACGAGAAAGGAUCUGCUGGAGCUGGUGGACAGAUUUGAAGCGCAGACGCAGGAUCUCGAUGCGCUUACGAAAACUUAUCAAGACGCCGAACGAAUCAAAAUCGAAUGUUUGACUGAGAUCAAAGCGGAAAAGUCUGAUUUGGAAGAACAGCUGAAAGAUUUACAUCGUAAAUACAGCGUGCAGCUAUCACUGUGUGACGAUUUAGUUGAUCAAAAUCGCCGUCUUCGAGACAAGCUGGAUGAAACCAAAGAAAAUAGAUUUGCCGUGCCCAACCACUAUGAUCGGAUUACCGGUGACGUAACGAGAAAUAACGGGUAUUCUGGGGGAAGUGAAGAUGAAGAUGGGCUUGCCGCAGAGGAAUAUGAACAACAUAAUCAGCCGGCCAUGGAUAACAUCUUCCACGGGAAAAAUGUGGCGCAGUUGUUGCAGGAAUUUGGUGGCAAAUUCAGUCCUGCAAAACCGCAAAAGGAAAUGCCAGUGAUGAGAAUGGAAAAUCAGAGGCAGGGCGAUGGCGGAACAUCGGUGGUUCAUGAUAUGGAAUUUAGUCGCGGUUCCGGUUAUAUGCAGCAGCAUUCCGGUCCUCCCCCAUACGAAGCAGCCACAAAUGAGCCGAUGGAUGGGGAUUACGCUAAAGCGUCGUCUCACGAAGAUAACGACGUGGAGCAGUUGAUUUCUGCGAAUGAGAAUCUGACCGAAAUUGUGAUUAAACUUCAAGCGGAACUUGCUCAACGGAACAACGAACGGGAAGACGGGCAUGCUAUGAAAGGCACUGCAGUCGGUGUCAACACUGCUGAUACAGCAACAUCGACAGAUGGUGUCAGUGGAGAGGCUUCCUUCCUGUACCAAGGGGAAUUGUCAGAGUGUGUUUUGCGGCGACGAAAUUACUCAGAGUCUCAGCUAUCGGAAGUUUUGGACGAACUGAACAGUACGGCGACUUUAGCGCAAUCCGCUGCUGAUGGUGUGUAUGACGGUGUUUCGACUGUUUGGAAUUGUCGGGAUCCCGGCGCUAUUGUGGCCUUGAUGCUUCUAGUUUUGUGGCUGAUCUUUCUUAUAGUCUUUGCCUAAUAGUUGACCAAUUUCUGUUGGGAGAUCGUUUUUAUAAACAGCAUUGCCUAUGUUUUUAGUCGAGUAUAUGCGCUGUGGAUUUCUUAUAUUGUUAUGUUUGUUACGGUAUAAUUUCUACAUUUUUCAGUAUUCGGUCAAGAUUUUUGGGCCGGUUAGCUGCCAUGGUAUGGAGACGAUAUAAUGACCGUUUGAGGAUCUUUUAUUGCCAUUAUGAAAAUUUUGUUGUAUAACAGAAAGUCUCUAUAAAACCGGAAAUUCAAAUCAAGCAGUUCUUUGACCAAGU